CACACCUCUCGUCUCGUCUCAUCAUCCAGAAACGAACCAUUUAGGCAGGCAACACAGCAUGUCGAGGGCCCUCCUGAUGGUAGCAGCCCUGGCCGCCGUCCACGGGCUGACGCUCACCGGCGUCGACGCGACCGUGGUGGCGACAUGCCUGGCGGCGUCCAACAGCGACGGACGCGUCAACUACGACUUCUGCGUGUCGGAGCUGAACAAGCAUCGCGACAGCCCGGGCGCCGACACCGCGGGCCUGGCCAAGGUGGCGGCCAACGUCGGCCUGAACAGCGCCGGCGGCGCGGUGAACGAGAUCGAGGCCCUGCUCGCCGCGAAGCCGCCGCCGCCGGACGCCCGGACCAGCGCCGCGCUGCGGCUGUGCGAGCGGCUCUACUACGACAUGGAGCUCGCCUUCGCGGGGGCCUACGACGAGAUCAACGCGCUCAACUACACUGCGGGGAAGCAGAUGGCCGCCGACGCCGACUCGCUGGUGCGCCGGUGCACCGGCGGCUUCGCCCAGGCUGGGCUCCUGCCGCCAGAGCCCGUCGCGCGGCGAGGCGCGUACGCCAUGCAGAUCGCCAUCGUGUGCACGGCCAUUACCAACCUCAUCAUCAGUCCGUGAUUUAAGAUAUACGUCAUAUGAUGCGUCCAGAAUAUAAUGAUCCUCUCCAAGCUUAAUAAAUCUUGUAUUGUAGUACCAGAUUAGAGCUUCUUCAUUUGGGCGUGGAUCCGAUAAAAUUAAAUCCUUUGCAAAAUUGAAUAGAAAGAUAUUUAAUUUCCUCAAUUCGUUUCGUUCCCCGUUUAACUGAACAAGGUCUUAGAUGGACACCACAUGUCGUAGAUUUUGAUUGGUUAUUGCCUCAUAUCUUGAGUAAUGUAUGCAGGUAACAGUUUCGACUAGCAAUCAUCUUUGCUUUCUCUUGUAUUAGCACGGAUCCCAAAUUAGUGAAACACAAAUGGAGUGUUUGAUUUGA